UUGGUGGGUGCUGCUCAAGGGAAUGUUCAGCACAGCCUUUCUUGUGCCAGCUCUGCAUUUUGUGGUGUUUUGUGUCAUGGGGCACAGACCAGGAUGGGCUGGGGACUGUCCUGUUGGAGAGCAGCAAAGGGGAAAGGGAUCUGGGAGUGUGCUGGUGGACAGAAGGAUGCCUGUGAGCCAGCAGUGUGCCCAAGAAGGCCAAGAGCUUCCUGGAGUACAUCAGAAGGGCUGGGGGACUCAGCUCCUGGGAGUUCUCCUUGCUGCUGCUUCCAACGUUCUGAUCAGUGCCUCUCUGAGCAUCCAGAAGCUCGCUCAUCUCCGCCUGGCUCGCCGGGCAGAGCCGAAGCCCUACUACAGGAGCAGGCUGUGGUGGUGUGGAGCUGCCCUCCUGGGCCUGGGAGAAGCUGGCAGUUUCUCAGCCUAUGGACUUGCCCCCAUCGCCCUCGUCGCGCCGGUGGCAUGCGUGGCUGCCGUAGGCAGUGCACUUAUUUCUGCCUUCUUCCUAAAGAGGAGCAUGAGGGCUGCUGAUGUAUUGGGAGGAGCACUGGCACUGACAGGCACCUACUUGCUGGUGGCGUUCGCUCCAGCUGCCCCCCAGGAGCUGACAGCAAGGCGAGUCCAGAAGUGCCUGGUGAGCUGGCCUGUCCUGUUGUGCUUGAUCUUAGAAAUUAUCACCUUCUGCAUUCUGCUCUACCUCCACAAGAGAAAGGCUGUGAAGCACCUGCUGGUUCUGCUGCUGAUGGUAGCACUGCUGGCGUCCGUGGCUGUCGUUGCUGCGAAGGCUGUGGCCAGCAUGGUCGCCCUCUCUGUGCGAGGCAAGAUGCAGCUCACAGACCCCAUUUUCUACAUCAUGAUUGUCUUGAUGGUGGCUUCCUGUGCUUUCCAAGUCAAGUUCUUGGAUCAAGCAACCCAUCUGCAUGCAGUGACAGCAGUUGUGCCCCUUCAUUUUGUGCUCUUCACCACCAGUGCCAUCGUUUCAGGGGCUGUAUUUUAUCAGGAAUUCCAAAGUGCAGCUCUGCUGAGCCUCUUCAUGUUCCUGCUGGGGUGCCUCCUGGCUUCCCUCGGUGUCUUCGCAAUUGCAAGAGAUCAGCAAGAGGAGCAAUUACAGACUCCUUUUAUCAACUGUGGGACUGUUCCUGGGCAAACACUGACAGGGAAAAUACAACCAGACCCUCACACUCCAGGCUAUGGCACUUUGAGUAGUGAAGAUGAUGUGGUGAAGUCAAGGCUGGAAGGAGAGAGCACCUUACCUGCCAACUGACACCAGGACCCCUGCUGGCACAAGGGCCAGCAGCACUUUUAUUUUUUUGGGGGGGGACAUAUUUAAGCCUACAUUGAACUGCUUUAUGCUGAUGAGUCAUAGGAUUACUUAUUCCUGCUUCAUUUAUCCUGCCCUUCUCCCAGAAUGUCUUCUGGAGAUAAAGGGAGCCUUGAGAAAAGCUUAAAAACCACUAAUGAAAUGGGACCUUUUCCUCAGACCGAAGCCUCCCGAGGCUAUUUAUAGUCUUAAUUGCUUUGAAAUGCAAAUAGGCACAGAACAGGGUUGUAAAAAUUCCCCUUUGGAGCCCCUCAGAGCUGUGCGGAUCUUCAGAGACAGAGGAGGGGAGUGAGGAUCCUUUUCCUAACUCACUUCAAAGUGGUCUGCUUUAGGAGACCUUUGCAAACCUGAGCUCCCUGCUCAGCAGCUGCAGCUGUGUGUGUGCAGGGUAGCCAAGCCUGGGCACAGCCUGGCAGCCUGAGCUGCAGCAGGAGGUGGCUGCUCGGAAGCAGCAAUGUGCUGGAGCCAGCGUGCACAGGGCUGCACCUGCUGCUUUCCAGCCUCAGCCCCUUCCACUGGCUCGGGCCAGGACUGUGUCUGCACCUUGCUUGUACCAGCUGCCUGACUGUGGCCUUCUUUUCCCCUCUGGCUG